CCACUUUCUAUUUUUCGAAGAUUGGGUUGAGACGAUGGGAUGCCCAAACCUACUCUUCUACAGUAGUUAAAAUAAAAAAUAAAAAAUUAAGGGCAGGGGGCCAUUGAAAUUGAAAUCCAAUAGUGGAUAAAGACAAAUUGAAGCCAUUUUGGAAAGAAGACAUUUGGGUCAUCAUAGAACGUUUGUGAUAAAGCCUUCAUCGGACAAGCAGAGAAGUACGAAAUACUCCUAACAAAGAAAUGGAUAUGAGUGUGGAGAAUUCGGAAAUAAACAUGGAACUUAUCUUUCAAACAGAACAAACUCGAUUGAAUGCUGAAACAAACUACUCCACUAAUCCCAAUGACGCUCAGAAUUUAACACAAUGGGGUAUGGCAUUGCUCCAGCUAUCACAAUAUGGAACCCUGCAGGACUCAAAGAAAAUGGUUAAAGAGGCUAUUUCAAAGCUAGAGGAGGCUGUAAAGAUUGAUUCACAAAAACACGAAGCAUUAUGGCAUCUUGGAAAAGCACACAGUGCUGAAGCAUUUUUGGCGUCUGACCCCAUUGAGGCACAGAGUAACUUUGAGAAGGCAGACCUGUAUUUUCAAAAAGCAUUAGAUGAGGAUCCUGAGAAUGAGAUGUACCACAAAUCCUUGGAGGCCAACACUCAGGCAACACUAUUGCACAUGCAACUCCAACAAGGGAAAGUUCAGCAGGCUUUUGGAGGAUCUUCAACUUCUUUAAACGCAAAGAGCUCUGUUAUAAAGGCAAACCAUGAUCUCAUGUAUGAUGUCUUUGGAUGGGUACUUCUUGGUGCUGGAAUUGUAGCAUGGCUGGGAAUGGCAAAAUCUCAGGCCCAUCCAUCUCCCCCAAGAUGAGCAAAAUAAGAUCAAUUCUGGCUGCCUUCGUGGAAGUUCCUGCUAUGGACAAGAUUCUUUCUGAGAGUUGGGAUGUAAAAUUACACCGCUGGAUCACCUAGAAGACUCACUCGAUCGAUUUACACUUGCCUCUUUUUGUACUUGGGUAAUCAGCCACAAGAUAUAUGACUUCCUCUGUUAAAGCAUUAUUAGCUUUUCUGCUUUUAAUUAAUUUUGGUGGUCAUAGACCAUUUAACUGUUGGUUUUCACUUAUAACGAUUGAUUGUAUGCCUUCGUGCAGAUUUAGACCAUGAAUCUGCUAUAGUAUCUCCUGAUACUUGUGGUUAUUCUGCUUACAGUGAAGCUUCAUUAUCGUUAGAUGAACAAAUCAGUAGAUGAACAAUAUGUUUCUGUAUUUUUAAAACUUUAACAUUUAUUUGAUCUGAAUCAUCUAUUAUGACA